AUGCCGAGGAAGCGAAGCAGGUCAAUUCAGAAGAAUCAACACCAAAUGGGUCGUUUGCCAAUUGCUGAUGCUGGGUCUAAUGUUUUGGGACACAAUCCCAAAAGCAACUAUUUUUUCAGUGUUCCUGGGUGUUUUCAAAUUUGGGCAACCCUUUUAGGUCCCCAAGGUCCAACAAUGAUGGGUCGCAGAGGAGAUGGGGGUAGCAGUAAAGUAGGGUUAAGCAUAAUAGAUUCUCUUAAUGAUGAUGUGAAGGUUUAUGGGAAAGUCUCUCGUUCAUCAGAGAGUAAGAACAUUCUUUUUGGACCUGAUAUGAGGAUUAAAACCCCAGAUUCUUAG